AUGAGUGAUGUCGACACCGUUCCCUCCCUGCCAGCUGUCUUGGAUGUUGGGAAAAGAGUUCUUGUUGCAGAAGUAAAUGACCACAAGAAACUAUCUGGCUCGCGUUCCCCACGGGCGCCUUCUCCGCAAUUUCCUGCUGGGAGGGAGGAUGUUCUGAACAAGGUUGAUCUUGAUGGCCACGCCAACCAGCCUCCCAGUCCCAAGGCCGACUCAGAGGCUGAGACCAUAAUCCAGUCCGGUCGGGAGUCGUUGUCUCCGGAGAAGAGACGGAAGUACAUACGGCACGAAACGGAGCUGCACCAUGCUAGGAACGAUCACGCUAAAAACGCGGACCCUUCGAACGACUCGCUUGCUAGGAAGAGAAAGUGGGUGGAAGAUGAAACUCACAGCAAUAGGGCACGCGACCUCCGUUCUGGUAGCCCCACCAACACGGUAGUUAAGAUGGAAAAACUCGACGCGUCGCACCCCGGCUCUAAUCAACACUGUAUUUCACAUUCAGGCACUUCUGGACCCAAGUCUGAAGGAGACCAUGCUUCCAGGAAGCGGAGCUUUAGCGAAGCUGUUGAGAGCGACGUGACUAGAUCGCGUCGAGGGUCUCCACAACGUUCGUCGGUUGCCCCUGGUGACAGGACUCGAGGAGACCAUAGCAGUGCAUCGCCUGUUCGCCCCGCGUCAAACGACCGCUCUGUAUCUCCGGCGCAUCCGUCCCACAAACGAACUGCUUCUGGUCCCCCGCAUACUGCAGGUGACCUGCGCAAGAAGAAGAAGAGAGCUCCUCCCCCAUUUACGACUGACCUUCAAAGGCAGAGUUCGGAGGACAGGCAGUCGGUUUCUUCAUCUGCUAGCUGUUCGCCGUUGCCCAGUGCUCGACUGCGGAGGCUAGGGGCUACUGAUAACGCGACGGCCUCUCCUGCCAAACAUAUGGGCCACAAGAAGCAACGCGAUCAAAAUGGUCGGACGCGUCUUGCGCGAGCCUGCGCCGCCCAGGAACUGGAGGCGGCAAUGGCCAGGCAUGCGGAGCGCCCCGAAGAUUUGAAUGUGGCCGACAAUGCAGGUAACACGCCUCUCCAGAUUGCUGCUCUAGAGGGUUGUGCUCCAAUUGUGAGAUUCCUCGUCGAUGCUGGCUGUGAGGUCAACACCAAGAAUAUUGACAAGGACACUCCGUUAAUUGACGCGGUCGAAAACGGGCACUUGGAGGUAGUCAAGAUUCUGCUAGAGGCUGGCGCCAAUCCCCGUAUCGUGAAUGCAGAAGGUGAUGAACCCUACGAACUUGUUCCAUCUGAUGCGGACGACUAUGAGGAGAUCCGACGGGUUUUAGCUGAAGCGAAGGCAAAUCCAAAGUCGAAACGACGCUCGGAGGAACGCUCUGGCCAAAGGGACUCUUCGUCAUCUCGACGGGCUUCUGCUGCCAGUCCCCGCGAGUCACCUCCAGCUCACGGAACUCGCAGUUCGUCUGCCUUCGGUUCAGUGACUAGACGAAAGACGGUCAGAAGCGAAGCGACAAGGAAUGACCUGCUAUGGACCAAAGCUACUCCGGAGAAUCUUAGAGAAUUUGCUGCCAAGGGUGACAUAGCUGGGGUUGCAAACAUCCUUAAUGUCGGGCAGAAGGCCGAUCCCGAAUCUUUGAUAGCUGCUGCUAAGGGAGGUCACGAUGAAGUACUCUCCCUUUUACUUGGAAUGGGUGAUGCAGAUCCCGACCCGAACCCCGUUCAGGGAGGUGUUCAAAAGGCUGGUUACAAUACUCCGAUGCUAGCUGCAAUUGGACGAGGGAAUUUGGAAGUGAUUAAGCUUUUGUUAGCCCAACCAGGAUUCAACCCUACCCGACGACUAUACCAUGAUCGCACAUACUUCGAGUUAUCCCGAGAGCGCAAAGGGGAGGACUGGGAGGAAGAGUACGAUCUUCUACAUGAUGCUUACAUAAAUUACAUUAAAUCCAAGAAGACUCGAAAAACGGAACUCUCGUCGCCUCGUCGAUCCCGUGACAAGGAGAAGGAAAAGGUUAGUAAGCGCUCAGGGCGCAGGACAUCCCUUUCACCCGCAUCUCGCCCAAGAAAGGCAGCUGAAAGUCCGAGCGGGAGCCAUCGCCGGAGUACCUCUUCGAAGGACCAAGAUCUUAAGGAAAGACGACGUGAUGGGACACACCGUUCUAAGGAGAUAUCUGUUUCAAACCGUUCCCGGUCCAGAAUUUCGGAUAAAGAAACCAGUCCUGAGGUGACGCGCCUAGAGUCUCCCAGACGAAAAGCAAGGGAUGGUGAAAUUAAUGUCACGGCUCGCAAUGAUGAAGUUCCUAGAAGAAGACGUCUAAUAGCCGGACGACCACCCCAGGAUCGUGACAAGAGGAGACCGAGUCUGAUAUCCUCUGAUUCUCUAUCAGGAAAGGAAGAAGUCGCCAGGAAACAUGCCGAUAAUGCAUCCGAUACUGUUUCAGCUAAGCUGCCGUUGAAACGCGUUCGGGUUAGUGUGUCUCCUGAAACAUCUCACCAUCGCUGGUCUGAGCCUGAACGGCACUCUGAUGAACAACACAAGAAGCGACGACGUGUAUUAUCCGAGGAUGCUGAGCAUACAAUCACUAACGGUCCGAGGAAGAGCCAGAGCCUGUCUGCCGAUGAUUUGAAGCAAAAUUCUCCCAAGAAAGAGCAUAGUUCUCCAGAUUCUGAACAAAUCAACCCACGGUCGGACCAGGAUAGGGUUAAUGAUGCUCCUGUAAAGGAAGAACGGGAAAAGCAUGAAUCUCACGACCUGGAUGACAUCCCUAUGGAAGAUGCGGACAAGCUCAAGAAAGCAGAAACUGAUUCAGAAGCGCGCAAGCGGGAGGAAGCCAAAAAAUUCGAGGAGGACCGCAUCGCGGAGAAGCGGCUUGCUGCAGAUGCAGAACGGGCAAGAAUCGUCAAGGAGGAGACAGAGCGGGCUGCUCGUCUUGCUCGCGAAAGGGCUGAUGAGGAAGAACGCAGACGCAAGGAGGCAGAACAGAGACGAGUUAAGCAAGCCGAAGAUGAGCGUCAGAAAAGACUCGACCAAGAACGUCAUCGGUUGGCAAGGCAGCGCAGGGAGCAGGAGGAACAAGAACAGCGACGCAGAGAUGCUCUCCCUGAUCGGCUUCGCGUUGCAGCAAAUCUUGUGGGCUCCAACGACCCUAGAGCUAGGAGCCAUGCGUGGCUUAAAAAAUUUAUGCCGCUUGUCACCGCGCAGACAAAACAACUCGAUCCUUCCUGCGGCCCGGAGUUGGCGGACGAGAAAUGGGUUCCCAACUAUUUAGUUGCUCCCUUACUGGCUACCAAUGAUCUACAACUACGACAAUAUGCCAGCUGGGAGAAACGCAAAGCGACGGCCACUCAGCGUAUGAAUCUUUGGCGUGUGACUCGCAGGAUCCUGGUUCAAGCGGACGACGCGGAAUUUCUCGUAUCGUCCUUCGGAGAGAUCAUGAAAAAGGACUUUGAAACGCGACCUAAGUAUUUCGAGAUGGAACAUGUGUUCUGGGUUAAGCUUUCUGAUUUCAUGGAUAUUGUCCCGCAUGUGCCACACCUUCAUGGCUUAAAUAUCCAGUUUUUGAGGAUGCACAUUGACGCCGAACCUUCUGCCUCGUCUUCUUUCUCCCUACCUCAACCCAAUGGGCAUUUUUUUGGUGGUCCCAUGUAUCUCGAGGAUAACGACCUCUCUGCGAAACCGAAUGGCCUAGCUAAUGGCUAUGGUCACCCACGGCCUAGUACAUAUGUUUGA